GGUCUCACAUGCUGCCCAGUUAUUACGGCAUGAGGCGCUCCUUCAUCUCGGACUCAGACUUCUGCCCGUCCACUAAGCAGUUCUCCCCUGAUGUGUACUCCCCCUCGCUGGGGGGUAAGCCCCUGGGCUGCGAGCCCUCCUCCAUGAGCAGCUACUCCUCCUUCAUCGACAGCUACUACCCGGAGACCUUCGGGGAUUACCGCAGCGCCGCCGCCUUCUCCAGCUCCGGAGGCUCUUUCCUGCCCUCCUCCGCCCUCUCAUCCCUGCUGCCGCCCUUCACUGGAGAGUCCUCACACUUAUUUCUGAGGGACUCAUGGGAGCAGUCUGUUCCUGAGCCGGUCUCCCAGGUGGAGGCUCUGUGUCCGGACAGCCUGGCCUCUGUCAGCGUGCCACCCUCCAUGCCCAGCCCGGACCCCCCGGGGAGCCCGUCCCAGUACCGCUCCCCCAGCCGAGGCUCCUCCAUGGGCCAAGUCUCCAGCAGCCAGCCCUACACCCUGCACUCCCUGGAGGAAGCCCACUACCACCCCCUGAGCACCAGCAGCACCUACACGGUCCCCAACAGCUCCUUCCCCUGCCCCUCUUACAUGGGCGUCCCCAUCAGCGACCUGGUGUCAAAAAUGGUGACAGACGAGGCCUCCAGCCUCCCGCCCAACGGAGAGGCGCACUCCUCCUGGGCCAAAGAGGACGGAGUGAGCUCCUGGUCGCCAUACGAGAUCAGGAGGGCCUACUGACCGCAGGAGGGUCUCCAUCUCUAACAAGAUGGAGGUCUCACAGACUAUUGAACACUGAGCAAGCACUUGACAGAACAGAGAAGACUCAAACAUCUGUAAAAGUGUGAUUUGAAGACAAUUUCCGCCAUGUACAAAGAGAGGAUUCAAGUUUUGUUAGUGAAGUAGCAUAGUUUGACCAAAGUGAAAUGUAUACUUAUUUGUAAAAAACUAAAUCCAAAGCAUGUGUGUCC